AUGUUAUUACCAUAUCCCACAAAAUUGAUCAACGUCAUCAAGCUCUCCCACCACGGCUGCAACCACCACCAGCUUCGAUGGCGGCCUGGUUCUCUAUUUUCGCUUAUCGGCGUGGGGAUCUCUAAAACUCUCUCGUACGAUGAGGCCCUUCAGCAGUCAAUCUACGGCGCCUCGGGGAUCGAUCUCAACGGCGCAAUUAGCUUGGUGGCCGAAAAUCCAGUGGUAAUCGACGGCGUAUUGUCGACGGCCCUGGCCGUUCCGGUGGUGAUCUCGCAGCUGGUGGGGAAGGGCAAGGCAUGGGGGAAUGGAGAGUGA